AUGCUGGAGGGCGCGCUCAAGUCGUGGAUCCUGUACUUCCUGGGGCAGUACGUGGAGAGCCAGUCCGUGACGGUCUCGGCCAAGCUGUGGCAGUCGUCGGAGCGCCUCAAGCUCGAGAGCCUGACGCUCAAGGCCAGCGUCGUGCCGCGCUGGCUGCCCUUCCGCCUCAAGACGGGCUUCGUGGGGCUCUUCGAGGCGGACCUGCCCAUCUCCGCCAUCUUCGGCAGCGCGUCGGCCAAGAUCAAGUUCCAGGACGUGCUGCUGGUGCUGGCGCCGCUGCAGCACGACGAGGACGAGCUGCAGGACGAGGUCGCGAGCCUCGUGGAGCUCAAGAUGGGCCGGCUGCUGCAGGACCUGCAGGACCGCUGGAGCGGGCCCCAGGUGCCCGAGUACACGGUGCCGCACGAGAGCGAGGGCUACUUCGGCACCGACGGCUGGAUCGGACGCACCAUGACGAAGCUCAUCGACAACCUGCAGGUGGACAUCCGCAACCUGCACAUCCGCGUGGAGGGCGUGUGGCACCCGUCAGCACCAAUGAGGAGCCCGCCUGCCUCCAGGACCAGUGAUAAGGAGAAGCAGAAGAAGAAGAAGAGCAGGACGGACGGGGUCAAGUACGCAGUGGGGAUCACGUUGGGGGCGCUGUCGGCCGUCACGACGCCGAGCAACUGGCGAGUUGGGGGCUUCGACGACAAGCAGGAGGCGCCACAGGAGGAGAGCAGCCACCUGGUCUUCAAGCUCAUCAAUGCGCUCGAUCUGUCGGCCUACGUGGACCCGAACGCGCUGCACUUUAUCCACUCGAGAGUGCACCCCAAGGUGCUGCAGUCGACGCUGGCGAGACUGAAGGAGAUGGGCUCGAGAGGAGCCAGGGCGGACUGGUGGAACGCAGAGGAGAGCGUGCACGCGCACAGGUUCUUGGUGGCGCCAAUUAAUGUGUCGCUCAAGCUGACGAUGAACACGGCGACGCACCAUGCCACGACGGACGACCCGCGCUACGACGCGGUGUUCCACUUGUCCAGGAUAUGGAUGACGCUGGAUGAGGAGCAGCUCUCGGUGCUGAAUUUGGUUAUUGACUCAUUCUCGGGACAUGAAAAGUGGAGACUCAUGGUGGCGGAACAGGUGAAGGCCUCGGAGCGACAGACAGCGAGCAACGAGGCGAAAAUGGCGGAACUGGCGGAGAAUUAUUUAUUGCUGUGGAACCAGGUGAUGGGGAUGAAAAGCGAAGGGAUGGAUGCACUGAGGAAGUCGGAGGCGUGGACUAACGCUACGAGGAUAGAGCAGCAACUGCCGUACGAGGUCGUGGUGUCGAUCCGAAAUCGCCUCGGGCUGGAAUCUGUAGCAGGAAAGACCGUACCGUACCCUAGCGCGUUGUAUGGGAUUGGAGAUGCAAUGGGUAUCCCCCUGCCAGAAAUCAGCGUGCCGUUUCCUGGCGGUCCGACGGGGAUCCUUUUCGAUAUAUUGCCGUCAGGUGACGUGGCGAUUAAGCGGUGCGUGGAGAAAAGUCCUGCUGCCACUAAAGACAGCGUGAAACCGGGGCUGCUGCUGAUCAAGGUGGACGACCGACCGCUGCGAUCAGUGUUUAAAUUCAAGUCUGCCCUGGACCUAGAGCUCGCGAUCAACGCUAUGCCAGAUGCAAAGGUUCUCACAUUUCGCCACCCUUCGGUGACGCCUCUGGAAAUCACCCCGUCUCGUGCUGUCGCUCAAGUUUCAUUUACAUCUGACCAGCUGAAAUUUUGCCUCGUUCGCGCUUACCACAAGGAGGUGAUCGCGGAAAUUAUGGUGGAUCAUCCUUCGGUAACGAUCAAUGGUUUUGGGCCCGGGCUGUUUUCAUAUCAUUUUUACGAAGUCAUGGUGGAGGAUUUCUACGUGCAAAGCACUUCGCAAGCAGACGCCGGAGGCAACUAUUGCAUUGCUUCCAGUAUCUGCAAACCUAUGGACGGUUUAUCGUAUGAAGAAGCGCAAAGCCCAGCUCUUCGAUUCAGUAUGAAUUACCUUUAUGCUGCACAUCCAGACGCGCGUCCUGGCAAGGUGGAUACUUAUGGAUCCAAGAUCUCGCUGGCUAUUGGUAACUCUAUUGCGGUAUUCGAUGAAGCCAAGAUGACAGCCUUGUUAGGGGAAUGGCAUGAGUGGCUCGGUGCCAUUUCAAGCGACUAUACGCAUGGAAUGCCGUCCUCCAGCGUUCAUCGAUUGGAUGCCGACUUGGCUGCGGCACCGCCGUCCAUGAGCUCUCAGCUUGUGGCAUCUUACGCGUCAACCAGUCCUUCCAAUGCAGUCCUCGGGGAAGAAGGUUACUCACCCGCGGAGAUAAGCAGCUACUCGUACGAAGUCAAGAUUGACCUCUUGCGUCUUUUCGUGAGUGCCCCUGAAGCACCUGCAGCUCCUGUGACGAUGUCGAACGAGCCUUCCUAUCGAGCGUUGCUGAAGCAGCUUGUUGGUGAUGAGCCAAGCGGCCCCCCAGCCAUCCCAGACUGGGCGAGGGCUGCCCAUGCCAUCGUGGUGAUGCAGCGGUUCAUGCGAGGCGCUAUCGUGCGGAAGCGGAAAAUGGUUCGAUUGGCACUAGCGAAGAACCGCUGGAUAUACUACGAAGGCAGCGAGAUGAUGGGCUGGCUGUACACAAGAGACGACUCCCUCGCGUUCCGUCGAUGGCGUCGAUCCUGGUGUCAUCUUGACGAUGACGGCAACUUCUCAAUGCACAGCAAUGGUUCCGGAGCGGAUGUACUCGACGAGUUUAAUCUGCUGGGCUGUAAGGUUAUCAUGCUACCUUACGGUUCCGGAGGCCCAUGGGGGUCUAACAGGGACCGAUUAUCCGGAGUACUUGAGAUAACGACGCGAUCUGGUGUUCUACGGAAGGUCCUGAGCUGUGACAACUUGAUGGAGCUGAAUAAGUGGAAAGCGAGUAUUGAAGCCAGCGCCCGAAACGCUGCAAAGCGAUCCGCAAGUGAGGACGUUGAGGAAGAAGAAGCCAUGUAUGAGUCGAUGGAGGACGACAAUUACCCCGUCGAAGAUGGCGCCGCACAGUUUCGUAAAUUGGAGCAGUGGAAUGGAGCUAACUUGGAUGAGCUCCUGCUUGGAGGGUUUUCGAGCAUCUACCGACCAGCUGCCACUCUCAAAAAGGAGCAGUCGUCAUGGAUCUCGCUGAGUGUGACUAGCGUAAAUUUCGUCGUGGAUGUGCAUCGCGUAUCAGAGCCAGACUGCUCUGCGUUCGCAUUGUAUUUGGGCUUGAAAGAUUUCACGGCCUUGGAUCAUCGACAGUCAUCGGAUUAUGGGUUGCUGCAUGUUGGUGACAAGUUCUUGAGCCUCAAGAAUGGCGCAUUGACUCCUGGAAAGAUGCGAGCAGAUCAUCUGAACAAAGGCCCCUUUCUCGUUUUGCGGAUGUCUUAUCGAGGAGCGCGCGCUCGUCGGGAAUGCUUCGUGCUACAAAGGGGCCUUCACGCAGACCUCACGAUGUCUGGUUGGGUGAUGCCUCUCACGUUAUCUCAGGUUUUAUUCGAAAUCAUCGACCCGGUGACUACUGCGCCGUGGAAAGAGGUGCCCGAGCUCGGCAUCCAAAUACGAGCUCCCAUCCUGGAGGCUUACCUGGAAGAUUCCCACUGCGUUGCUAAAUUGACGAUCGAGGAUAGUUCGUGCUCGUACCGCGCCGACCCUGGAGUUGAAAACUUCAAGCUGCAUCUUGGACCUACCGCGCUGUUUGUGCUGACCGAAGAUGUCGCUCUUCGACUCGUGCAAGUCGACAAGUUCUGGCUGAGCUACGACCUCAGAUUGCAUAGACAAACUGACUCGGCGGUUGGAGGAUGCGAUUUAUGUGCGGACGAGUCAGCGAAACGAGCAGUUUGCCACCGAUCCGUCAGUAUCUCUAUCGGACAGGUCAAACUUGAGGCUGAUCGAAGACUGGAGUUGCUCUUUGCUUUGUUGGAGGCUCUGACCAACAGCGAAGCUCCGACCGAGGCUGAGGGAGACCCAGAAUUCGACAGCGCCAUCGAAGAAAAAGCUAUGGACAGCGACCGCGAAGGUUUUAGCAGGAGAGAUUACGACGUAAGUUUCCUGGGGGGAGAACAUUUUUCUCAGACGGAGCGGAUGCAAUCGAUGCAGUUCAGUAUGGACUCAGAUCUACGGCCAAUGUACACCACUGGAUUCAACCGUCAGUACGCUUCUCCAUCGGGCCGUAGUCGCAUGUCCACAGCGACCUCUGCUGGGUUGAACUAUGGACUGACUGAUCAUGACCAAGAGCGAUCCAAGCGCCGGUCGAAGGUAUCUGCAUUCAUCCCGCUGCUCAACUACCAGCAACUUGUCGGCAUCUCCACCGAGUGCUUGGAUCGCCAGACCUCGUACAAGUCUAUCUUUCGCGCGCGCUUGCGAAUGGGGAGGAUCCACGACCGCCUUUCCAUCACCUGCUACUCGGUGGUUUUCGAAGUGAUCAAGCGAAGUCUCUCCGUGGUUUCAUUGGACACGUACAUCCCGGUAAUGAACUUCUCCGUGAGUGAUAUGAAGAUGCAGUGCGUGACGCGGACCGAGUUCUCGACGGACUACGUGGUCGACGCUAGUGUUGAGAUAUCUGCGCGUUACUACAACACGUCGUUAGCAGACUGGGAACCCUUCAUCGAGCCCUGGCGAGCUUACGCAAAGGCACGAAGCAAUGGCGGCGAGGACGGGACCACGAUGCAGCUCAGUGCCUUGCAACGACUCAAUGUGAAUUGCACGGAUUCGCUGAUUCGGUUACUGUCUAGUAUCGCCAAAAACCGCCGGAAGCAAGAUUUCAUCGUGGAGAAGCGAACUCUUGCGGCUGUAGCUGCCGAUGGCGAGGCAAAGAAGGAGGACGGCCGCGUGUGUGUGCUGAAUAACCUCGGAGUUCCGAUUCGGCUGGCCAACCUGAAUACUUCUCACGCAGGAACUCUUCAUGUUGACGUGAGAGAUGGAUGGUCCUUUCCUGGGUACUCGCGCUUCCACAACGUGCGUGUGUCAGUGGUACUUUUGCCGUGGUGGCAUCCGCGUGAAGUGCAGGCCGUGGAGAAUUUCCGCCAUAAGUUUUCGCUCCCGUACGGAGGAGCUCAGUCGGGCGUCACACCGAUUUUGAGGAUUGACGUCCUCACUACAGAGGAGGGAAAACGCAAUUACGUGUUCGAUCACGUCACGAACAAGUACGUGGAGGUUGAAACCGAUGACGAUGACGAUUACAUGGACGUAUCGGCUACGCGGCACAUAACCCCACCUAAUACCCGCGAGUGUAUGGAUCGCGGCAUCAGCAGCGCCACAACCACGUCGCAGCGGACGAGGUGGUCCUCGGUUGGGGCAGCGGAGAUCAAUUUGGCGGGUAAUGUCAUGUCGUCGCUGGACCCCAAUCGGAUGAAGCUGAAUCGCUGGUACCGCCUCCACGAUUUGCGCGGCAAUGUCACCGGUGAGAUCUUUGUCGGCUUGCAUUUUGUACCGGAAGUAAACAGCCCUGUCCAUCGUCCGAGAGUGAACGAGCCCCAGCAAGUCAAGGACGGACAGUUCCUCGUGUUUGACCCUCUGAAGAUUGUCACUGCCAACACGAACGGCCCUACAGACCAAUGCAAAGACCACGUGGUGCUUUCAGACGGUCUUCGGGGAAGUUACAUCCCCCCGUUGGCGCUAGAAGUCGUGAUCGGUUCUUCGCGAAUGAGUUUGAUGUGCCCGCUACGUCGCGCCGGAAAGUUUCUCAUCCAGGGCGAGAAGGUGCUGGCUGAAGUCAAGGUUGCGCAAAGGGACGAGUCUCGGCGCGUGCUGCUUCUGAGCUCACCUGUCCAGCUGAAAAAUGACACAAGCAUCGACAUGGAACUGUGGACCUGCCGCACACGCGUACCCCCUGGCGAGAGUGGUCCGCUCCCCCGAACAGGCAAGUUAAUGACCCUGACUACAAGCAACAAAAUGUCCGUCCCCAUCAGCGCCAUGUUUGGAGAUGAAAAGGACUCGAUUGUGGUGAAGGUGGACGGAUGCAAGCCCACUGUCGUGGCGGAUCUGAACCAGUUGGCAGCGGGGUCUACCAUUUUAACGCUGGAGUCCGAGGACAGCGAAGGUCUGGGCUACUGCUUGUACGUCAACAUUACGUCGCACAUGCGCAAGGUGUAUCGGGAAGAGCACCAGGGAAUGAUCACUCGCGGAAACACGAACCAGGACGGUGAGUUGCAGACAUAUGCGACGAAGUACCAGAUUUGCUUGCACUCGUGUCUAAUGUUCGAGAAUACCCUCCCGAUUCGCGUCCAGUACAAGAUCGUCGCUAGCGGACAGUUCGAGCAAGUGGUUCGCACUGGUACGCUUUCUCCGGGAGAAGAAGUUCCGAUCCAUGAUUUCCAGCUUGAUGCGCGGUUGAUGCUGCGGCUGCCAGAGAUGGACUCAAUCUGGAGCCGUCCAAUUAACCUAGGCGAUUGCAUCUAUCGAGAUGGCAUGGGCAAAGCGAUCAAGGCUAUGCUGGGAGCCUUUGGUUCCUGGGAUCCUGUCGUGGAGUUCCUUCCAUCGCCUCAGAGCCCUGGUAUUGCGUUCAAGGAUGGAGACGUCUCCUCGAACAAGGUCAUCACUCGAAUUGAUUACACGGCUGCAGACGACGGGAGUCCUCGAAUUGUGCUGUAUUGUUCGCUCUGGGUUUACAACCAGUCGCACGUCCAGACGCUGCUGUUCCGAUGUGCCGACAAUCCGGAUGCCUCUACGUUGGUCGUGCCUCAGCUUGUUCCUCAGCGUCCGGUGCCACGAUUAAUGGAUUGCCCUGGCCAAGCGUUCGAAAUUGGUACCAUUAUCGAUACCGAGGUCUCUCGCUGGUCAGACAAAAUCCAUUCGACGGUGGUGGGCGUUCAAGAGCCCAUUAGUCUGAAGUUUGGGAAUAAGCUGGGACCGAAGACGCGCAACGAACUGGGGAUAUCGAUUCAACGACCAUUGGGUCAGUUCCACCGGACUACGCAAGUUAUUGUCACGUCCCACUUCGUAUUCGUGAACAAGACCCACGCGGCUUUCAAGGUCUCGCAGUACAUGAAGACCAACGACCGAGUGGUGGAGCUGCCGGGUAUGUCGAAGAAAGGAAUUCCUGCCACGCAUCAUUUCGAUUUUGACGCCACGACAAGCUUGAACAACCGACGAGUGUACUUGCGGAUGGACCACCAUGGAGCAGAAUGGAGCGGACCGUUCGCGGUUGACGAGGAAAAUGAGUUCUCGCUGAAGCUGAAGGGCUCGGUGGUGGAGGCGUGGAGAGAUGGAAGUGGCAGUGCGUACAAACACGAGGGAUUCCGGCGCAGUGCUGCAGACAUGCAUCGCGUAAAGGUCCGCAUCAGCAACAUGGGGCCAAGCAUGGUUGUCACGCUCUUACGAGACGACCCACCGAUGUAUGUGAUCCGCAACGAGUCCAGCGCGGAUGUCUAUGUGAGCCAGAUUCACAGCUCAGACGAAACUGUGGUUAUUCGGAGUAAGGAGUUUAUUCCCUUCGCGUGGGCGAAGCCCGAUGGGCCAUGGCGAGUCGCUUGUCGAACUGGCACAAUGAUUGGGCGUCACGAGAUGGUCUCACGAACGUAUGGAGUGUACGAUUUCGCAAAUCUGGACCGGGAGCGGAACAUCGAUUCUCUCCGCUAUCGGUUGUUUGGAAGCAAGUCCAAGAGUGUUGCCGGUGACAUUGUUGUGGAUCGAGCAUCGCGCGUACUCGUGUUCCGCGAUCACAACCCCAAUCAGCCGCCGAACUACAUCCUGGAAGUUAAAAUCAUUGCUGCGCGAUUGCGGAACGAGUUUUCUCUGAAGCCAGAUUCGACAGCGGAGUUUAUUGCGGAGACCGAUACCCACGGGGCGAAAACAACCGAGUCCAAAGAACUGAAGACUGCACACGUGUAUCGCUUUGAUUCCGACCUCGAGUUUGCGUGUGAGAAACGGCCAAAGAAGCUGACUCUGAGCUUCUACGAAAGCCAAGGAGACCGAGAAGGCGUGCAACAAGACAUGUCAUCUAUUGGUAUCGAUGAUGAAAGCUAUUUCAAUAGCAAUCGUAUCCAUCGGGCAGGUAACAGCAGCUCGGCGGAGUUCGCGUUGGAUGCCACGGAGCUAGGAGGAUCUGGUAGUCCCAGAACUGGAGAUGACUCGACGUCGUUUGAAAUGAUGUACACGCCGGCAGCUUCUCCAGUUCGGCGGUGUCGGCCUUUGUCGGGGAAUAUCUCGGACAGCGUGGUGUCGUUGCCACGAAACCAAGGGUUUUAUCGCAAUGACAGCGACCUCUCGUAUGUUGAUGCUGGACUACAGAUGAGCGACAUCGAGCGCGUGAGCGAUUCUUAUGCGACUUCGGACCAGUCUGACGAUAAUGAAGAUCACAGAAAGGAGCGGGAGUUCGGCGCCGCUGGCAUGGUUGAGAUUAAGAUCCCGAAGAAGGCGUGGACACGAUUAGGCGUCGGAGCCAAGAGGUCGAUCGCUCUGUCUUACAACACAGCUGAGCAAGCGCGUCGAUCACUUGGGCGGGUGGAAGGACACUGGUGGGAAAUGCGUGACCCGGAGACCGGUGAUCUUGUCGGUGAGGUGCUGGUGGCGCUGAAGUUCCGCACAUCGGUGCGCGAGCACAUCCAGCCAACGGGCAUUUACAACAUGAGUGUGAUUGUUCCGAGCAUUGGAUUGUCGUUCCUUCACAACGCGAACUCGAGCAUGAUGGAAGUGGCGUAUUUCUCGAUGCAGCGGCUUGGACUUCUGUACUCUUGUGCAGGAGGCAGCAGCGAGGUGGUGUUUUCGCUUGGUAAUCUGCAGAUGGACAAUCAAAUGGAACGCGAAGUGGUGCUGGGCCCCAAGGUGCACCGCGUGAAAGAAGGCGUGUCGGUGCGACUGCGUGAUCGCUGGCGGAACUUCAUGAACUAUCGCUACCGCGGCAUCUUCGAGGAGCUAGACACGAACAGCUUGAGUGUCAUUCAGUUCCGGAUGCUCUGGAAUUCAAGCAGUCACGCUGGCGAGUUCACGCACUAUGAACUCAUCGAGCUCAUCAUGCAGGAGCUGGAAGUGUCAACGGACGAGAAGUUUGUCGUCAAUCUCAUCAGCGUUUUCCAAGGCCUCGAAGGACUCACUAGCCACCACACGUUUGAGGAGAUCGUGAACACGCAGCUGGACUACGCCGGCGGGUUUAGCAGUGGUGCCGUCGCCCCCGCUGCAGGUGCAGACGAACGAAGUAUCGUUGCAGGCGGAGGAGGUACAGCUGCGGCCGCGGCAGGAGCUGAAGCUAGCGGUGUGUACAUCGAAGAGCUGUCCAUCGAAGCGAUCCGCAUUAAGUUUACUAUGGAGCUACACGGUGGGCGAUACAUCAAGACAUUGGGCCCCUCUGGUAGACGCUUGGCUGUGUACCUGCCGGAGUCUAACGUAAAGGACUUCCGAUUGUACCUGACCAAGCUGUCAUUCACGCAUCUGUACGAGCCGCAAGCUAGCGUGGUCGAAAAGGUGACGCGGCGGUACUCGCAGCAGGCUGUCAUUCUCGUGCUCAGUGGAUUGCACACUGUGUCCGUGUACGCGAAUCCGUUCCGAAUCGUCUACCGUCUGGGUCAUGGCGUGGUGGAGCUCGUGCGUCUACCUGCUCGUGGCUUAGCGUCUGGCAGUCCUCUGGAGUUAAUCAGCGGUGCGUACCUCGGCGUACGCUCACUGGCAAUGAACACGAUCAGCGCCAGUUACGAGAUCGUCGCGGGUGCCACAGGAAUUUUCGGGGCCAUCAUGACGCCGUUCGUGCCGGAGAGCAAGCGCAAGGCGUUCGAAGACGACCUGGUCGCGUUCCAGCGCGCUGUGAUCGAGGAGGUGGACGCGUUCGACGCUGCUGAGGAGCGGACGAUGACCAAGGUGAUCGUGCGAAAGCCUCGCGAGUUUGACGCAGGUGGAGUUGGGCUGCUGACGGUGUAUGGCCCGGGCUCGGUGCCGCUGGAGGAGCAGGAGCGCAUCGACCACAAAGCUGUCGUGCUGCUGCAGCUUUGGUGGCGUCGGCGACGACGAGCCAAGUUGCUGCUGGCUGAGGCACGCCGCCUUCGACCUGAGUCUGACGAGGCCGACCGAGUGAACCAGUGCGCCGUGCAGUAG